AUGGUUUAUUAUAAAUUAUUGUUUUCAUGUGAGACCAAAAAUGUUGAUGCUAUCUCAACCGGAGGAGCUAAUUAUGAGUAACAUUACAAUUAUCAUAUUAAAGAUGGCAUAUCUCUUUAGUUUGUUCAAGUUGUCAAACUGAAAUUAAUGAAAUCUAUUUUAGAGGAGAUGAUCAAGUAGAUGUUGUCAAUUCUAGAGGAUAAUGUAAUUUUUAAAUGAAAUGUAAAACCUGUGCUAAAAUGAUAAAUAUAUCAUUAGAGAAAUUUCCAGACACAGUCAAUGUUCAAGAAAUAAGUAUAUUCAAUAUUAUUAAUUGUUAGGUAAAGAUAUUUAAAUUGCAUUAUUCGAUUGCAGAGGUGCUGAACCAAAAACUUGGAAUUUCUAAGGUUUAACAGUGAUUACACCAAAUGGAACAGUAUUUAAUGAUGCUGAUUUGACUGAUACAUGGGUUGAAUAUGAUGAGAAAGCUGCAGAGGAAGUAUUAGUAGAUAAAUUUAAAGCUUAUUUCUAAAAAACAAAGUGAA